AUGAAUCCUUCGGAGUUCCAUGGUUUCAAAGUUGAGGAAGAUCCUCAAGAGUUUAUCGAUGAGAUCCAUAAGAUUUUGAUGAUCAUGGGAGUUACGCUGGUUGAAAUGGAGGUGUUGGCUGCUUACAAAUUGAAGGGUGUGGCUCAAGUAUUGUAUAACCAAUGGAGUGAAAGGAGACCGGAAGAUGCGGGUCCUCUUGAUUGGGAGAAGUUUAAGUCUGCAUUACUUGAUAGGUUUUUUCCCGUUGAAAUGAGGGAAGCUAAGGGGCUCGAGUUCAUUAACCUUCGACAAGGAAGUAUAUGUGUGAGGGAAUAUGCUCAAAAGUUCACUGAAUUGUGUAUGUAUGCUCAAACCAUGUUUGCGGAUUCAAGUGCCAAGAUGAGUAAGUUUGUAUCAGGUGUGUACGAAAUGGUAGUUAAAAAGUGCCGAACCCAAAUGCUCAUUCAUGAUAUUGACAUCCUCGUCUUAUGGCACAUGCACAACAAAUUAAGGAGGAUAAACUCAAGAAAAAGUCUAGAGAGGCAAAGUGGGCCAAGACGGUGA